AUGGACUCUUCCGAGUUCCGCACCGCGGCCCAGGAGGUCGUGGAAGACAUCACAAAGUACUAUGACACAAUCGCCUCCCAGCCCAAGGUCCUCCCCUCCGUGACCCCGGGCUACCUCCGGCCCCUCCUCCCGCCCUCCGCCCCGGAGGCCCCGGAGCCAUGGUCCGCCAUCCACGCCGACCUCCAAUCCCACAUCGUCCCCGGCAUCACCCACUGGCAGUCCCCCUCCUUCCACGCCUUCUUCCCCUGCUCCUCCUCCUACCCGGCCAUGCUCGCCGAGCUCUACUCCAACGCCUUCAACGGCGCCCACUUCAACUGGAUCUGCUCCCCGGCCGUCACCGAGCUCGAGACCAUCGUCCUCGACUGGCUCGCCAAGCUCCUCGCCCUGCCGGACUGCUACCUCUCCACCGCCCCCACCCGCGGCGGCGGCGUCCUCCACGGCACCGCCUCCGAGGCCAUCCUCACCGUCAUGGUCGCCGCCCGCGACAAGUUCCUCCGCCAGGCCACCGCCCACCUCCCCGCCGACUCGGAGGAGAAGGAGGACGAGACCUGGCGCCUGCGCUCCAAGCUCGUCGCCCUCGGCUCCGAGGCCGCCCACUCCUCCACCAAGAAGGCCGCCCAGGUCCUCGGCGUCCGCUUCGCCACCGUCCCCGCCCCCGCCUCCGCCGGCUACGCCAUGUCCGGCCCCGCCCUCCAGUCCACCAUCGCCGCCCUCCGCGCCAAGGGCCUCGAGCCCUUCUACCUCACCGCGACCCUCGGCACGACCGACACCUGCGCGAUCGACGACUUCCCCGGCAUCCGCGAGGCCCUCUCCUCCGACGGGGACAAGGUCUGGGUGCACGUCGACGCGGCCUACGCCGGCUCGGCCCUGAUGCUGCCCGAGCACGCCCACCUGACGGAGCCCCUCUCCGCCUUCCACUCCUUCAACGUGAACCCGCACAAGUGGAUGCUGACCAACUUCGACUGCUCGGCCCUCUGGACGCGCGACCGCGCCUGGCUCGUCGAGAGCCUGAGCAUCAAGCCGGCCUACCUGCGCAACCAGUUCUCCGAGGCCGGCCUGGUGACGGACUACCGCGACUGGCAGAUCCCGCUGGGCCGCCGCUUCCGCAGCCUGAAGCUGUGGUUCGUGCUAAGGGCCUACGGCGCCAGCGGCAUCCGCGCGCACCUGAACCGCGGGAUCGGGCUCGGCGAGCGGUUCGCGGAGAUGCUCCGGGAACGGUCCGACCUCUUCGAGGUCGUGACCGGGCCGCGGUUCGCGCUGGUGGUCUUCACGUGUGGAAAGAAGGGCGCGAGCCUGGAGGAGAGGAAUAAGGUGACGGAGGCUGUCUUGGAGGGGAUUAAUGGUGAGGGAGUGAUUUAUCUGACGCCUACGACGCUGCACGGGACGUAUGCGAUUCGUUUGUGCACUGGUAGUAGCCAGGUCAUUGAGGAGGAGCACGUCAAGAAGGCAUUUGACAUUUUGGUCGCUGCGACUGAGAAGGAACUCGGUGGGCAGUAG